UUCAUUUUAUAACCAUUUUCAAUGCAUAUCACUGUUCGUAGCUAAAAUUCUAACUUCUAAAAACAGUUGAAUACUGAAAAAUGGAUAAGCUACUAUGGAGGGUAUUGCCUUUAUCAACGCUCCUAAUUUCCUUCGCACUUUUCUUCUACCUACACAAUUCCAACAACGCGGAACUAUAUCCUAUUAUUAAGUUAGCAGAGGGUGAGUGCAGUCUUUUUCCGUAUGAUCAUUACUGGAUUUCUAGCAAGCGGAUUUUGACUUCACAAGGAAUCAUUUCUGGAUCAGUGGAGAUAAAUGAAGGGAAAAUAGCAUCUAUUGUGGAAGGAUAUGGCAAGCAGGGGAGUUCUGUUCAACAAGUGAUUGAUUAUGGAGAUGCUUUUAUCAUGCCUGGCUUGAUUGAUGUGCAUGUACAUCUUGAUGAGCCCGGCAGAACCGAAUGGGAGGGAUUUGUCACUGGUACCAGAGCUGCUGCUGCUGGAGGUGUAACUACAGUGGUUGACAUGCCUCUAAACAAUCACCCAACAACCGUGUCUAAGGAAACACUGGAACUGAAGCUUGAAGCUGCAGAGAAUAAAAUCUAUGUUGAUGUUGGUUUUUGGGGAGGCUUGAUCCCUGAAAAUGCACAAAAUACCAGUAUUCUUGAAGGUCUCUUAGAUGCUGGUGUUCUUGGUGUAAAGUCUUUUAUGUGCCCUUCAGGAAUCAAUGACUUUCCGAUGACCACUAUUGAACAUAUCAAGGAGGGAUUGUCUGUGUUGGCAAAAUAUAAAAGACCUUUAGUUGUGCAUUCCGAGAUUCAACAAGAUUCUAAAAGUAAUUUGGAACUUAAAGGUAACGGUGACCCGCACGCUUACAAUACAUAUCUCGUCACUAGACCACCUUCAUGGGAAGAGGCAGCCAUUAAAGAACUUGUAGAUGUUACAAAGGAUACUAGAAUUGGCGGUACUUUAGAAGGAGCACAUGUUCACAUUGUUCACUUGUCUGAUUCAAGUGCUUCCUUAGACCUUAUUAAGGAAGCAAAACGUCGUGGGGACAGCAUAAGCGUCGAAACAGCCCCUCAUUACCUAACAUUUUCAUCUGAAGAGAUACCAGACAGAGAUACUCGGUACAAGUGUUCCCCACCCAUUCGUGAUGCAUUGAACAAAGAAAAGUUAUGGGAGGCCGUACUGGAUGGACACAUUGACCUAUUAAGUUCUGAUCAUUCACCAACUGUGCCUGAACUCAAGCUUCUUAAGGAAGGUGACUUCUUGAAGGCUUGGGGUGGCAUAUCGUCUUUGCAGUUUGAUCUUCCAGUCACAUGGUCAUCUGGGAAGAAACACGGGUUAACCUUAGAACAGUUAUCAUUAUUAUGGAGCCAGAAACCUGCAACCUUUGCAGGGUUAGAAUCAAAGGGAGCCAUUGCAAUUGGAAACCAUGCAGAUAUUGUAGUGUGGCAGCCAGAGGUGGAGUUUGACCUUGAUGACGAUUAUCCUGUUUUCCUAAAACAUCCUAGCCUGUCUGCGUAUAUGGGAAGAAGGUUAUCAGGAAAAGUUUUGGACACUUUUGUUAGAGGAAACCUUGUCUUUAAGGAUGGUAAGCAUGCUCCUGCAGCAUGUGGUGUUCCAAUUCUAGCCAAAUGAAUUGGUUAAAAAUGAUGCUUUUUGCCUUGUGACAUAAGUAAGUGAAAGUAGCUGUUGGUAUCGGUGGUUGAGCUAGACGUUUUGAACGCUGUUUUGUCGCCGUAUCCGUUUGGACGCUGAGGAUGUUUAUCUAUGUAUGUAUGUAUGUCGGCCUGUUUUAUAUCAAAUAAAUGUUGAUAAGAAUUGUAUCGUGUCCUGUCCAGAUACCUCGUUCCACUUUGUAUGGUUGUCUAGUUGAGUUCAACUUUAUACUGAACUAUGUUCUUAUAACAAAUUUUCAUUUUUUUUUGUUAUUUUAUUCGUAUUUAUCUGGUCCA